GUUUCUGGGAGGAAUGGUGUGGACUGGAGGGUGGAGGAGGGGGAAGUGUCUGUAUGCAGGAAGGAUGCUGUAGUAAAGUAGAGGAGGAGAAACUGAAGGGGAGGAGUGCAGCUCCCACGUCAGCGUCCAUCAGAGGAGCGCACAGGAGCCGCUUUCUCCCGAAGUACCGGGUGACUCCCUGCGCUCAGACAACCCCAUCAUCCUAAAAUGCGCUGACCUUCUCCCCAACAAAGGAUUUGGUGUCCCAGUGCUUCAGCCACGGUGCAGGGAGCCAUCCAAGACCCAGACUUCAUCAGACCUCAGAAACCUCUAGCACACUCAUGUGCUGAUCCCUCCUCUUCUCUGCAGCAUCUCAGCACCACCUCUUCACAUCCAAGAUGGACGAUGAUGGACGCUACCGAGACAGCCGCUCAGACUUCAUCCGUGGCGCCAAGGACAUUGCAAAAGUCGCCAAGAAGCAGGUUGGCAAGAAGGUGGGACGUGGCAUGGACAAAAUGACCGAUGAGUACACCAGGCGCUCCUAUAAGCGCUUUGAGGAAGAAGAUGACGACGACGACUAUGCGGGCAUGCCCAGCAACGAUGGUGGAUAUUACCGCAAUGAUAGUCGAGCCAAUGACGAUGAAGGCCACAGUGACUCCACUGAAGGACACGAUGAGGAUGAUGAGAUUUAUGAGGGCGAGUAUCAGGGCAUCCCACGGGCCGACUCUGGAAAAGCAGGUGGCAUGGACGGGGUGGCGGCCAUCGAGGCACAGCAGUUCAGGGACCUGUCGGCCUUCGAGGGCGAGAGGAGGAAAGACCAGGAGGAGCUGGCCCAGCAGUACGAAACCAUCCUGCAGGAGUGUGGUCAUGGCAAGUUCCAGUGGACGCUCUACUUUGUCCUGGGACUGGCGCUGAUGGCAGACGGCGUGGAGAUCUUUGUGGUCGGCUUUGUGCUGCCCAGUGCAGAGAAGGACAUGUGUCUAUCUGAGCCAAACAAAGGCAUGCUGGGUUUGAUCGUUUACCUGGGGAUGAUGGUCGGAGCCUUCGUUUGGGGCGGCCUGGCAGAUCGAAUCGGCCGACGACAGACCCUCCUUAUUUCUCUCUCCAUAAACAGCGUGUUUGCCUUCUUCUCGUCUUUUGUCCAGGGCUAUGUCUCUUUCCUGUUCUGCCGCCUGGCCUCUGGUGUUGGCAUUGGUGGCUCCAUCCCGAUUGUGUUCUCCUAUUACUCGGAGUUCCUGGCCCAGGAGAAGCGUGGAGAGCAUCUGAGCUGGCUCUGCAUGUUCUGGAUGAUCGGCGGCAUCUAUGCCUCGGCCAUGGCCUGGGCCAUCAUCCCACACUACGGGUGGAGUUUCCAGAUGGGCUCAGCCUACCAAUUCCACAGCUGGCGCGUCUUUGUGUUGGUGUGUGCCUUCCCCUCAGUGGCGGCCAUCUCUGCCCUCACCACCAUGCCUGAGAGCCCACGCUUCUACCUGGAGAACGGGAAACACGAUGAGGCGUGGAUGAUCCUGAAGCAGGUCCAUGACACCAACAUGAGGGCCAAAGGUUACCCAGAGAGAGUCUUCUCUGUGACAACCAUUAAAACGGUGAAGCAGCUGGACGAGCUGGUGAACAUGGGUGACAGCGCCGCCUGGCAUGAGAAAUGGAGGAUCAAGCUCUCAGCACUGUUUCAUCAGGUGUGGAACAAUUUCCAAACCGUUUUUUCUCCUGAGUACCGCCGCACCACCUACAUGAUGAUGGCCGUUUGGUUCUCCAUGUCCUUCAGCUACUACGGGCUGACGGUGUGGUUCCCCGACAUGAUCAAGUACCUGCAGAAGCAGGAGUAUGCCUCACGCACCAAGGUUUUUGUCAAAGAGAGAGUAGAACACGUCACUUUUAAUUUUACGCUGGAGAACCAGGUCCACCGUCAGGGGGAGUACUUCAAUGACAAGUUCAUGAACAUGAAGAUGAAGUCGAUGGUGUUCGAAGAUUCUCUGUUUGAGGAAUGUUACUUUGAGGACAUCACUUCCAGCAACACCUUCUUCAAGAACUGCACCUUCAUCGCCACCCUUUUCUAUAACACUGAUCUGUUCAAGUACCGGCUGAUCAACUGUAAGCUCAUCAACAGCACCUUCCUGCACAACAAAGAAGGCUGCCUGCUCAGUGACAUCAGUGAUGAAAACAAUGCCUACAUGAUCUACUUUGUCAGUUUCCUGGGUACCUUGGCAGUGUUGCCAGGGAACAUCGUUUCUGCUCUCCUCAUGGACAAGAUCGGACGGUUGAGGAUGCUCGCCGGCUCCAGUGUCAUCUCCUGCGUCAGCUGUUUCUUCUUGUCUUUUGGCAACAGCGAGUCGGCCAUGAUCGCCCUGCUCUGCCUGUUUGGUGGGAUUAGCAUCGCCUCCUGGAACUCUCUGGACGUUCUGACAGUCGAGCUCUACCCAUCUCACAAGAGAACCACAGCUUUUGGUUUCCUCAACGCUCUGUGUAAACUAGCGGCCGUGCUGGGUAUAAGCAUCUUCACCUCAUUCGUCGGUAUAACCAAGGCCGUGCCCAUCCUGUUUGCCUCGGGGGCGCUGGCGUUGGGAAGUUUUCUGGCGCUCAAACUACCAGAGACGCGGGGUCAAGUGCUACAAUAGAGUGAAUCCAGCAGAUUUGCAGAGGGUAGAAAAUGUUUGUUUUAUUUCUUCUGUCACACUGAGAACACACAGGUCAAGAGCCCAUCAUGUUCUGCCCUCUCAACACUCCCAACACUCACGUGAAAAAUGAAAAUCUACAACACAGGUGUGACUAGCUGCAAUGUUUUCCCUAAAGAUUAUUAAUAAUAGUCAUAACAUAAAUGUCUUUUUGGUUAAUGAUACAAAAUCAGAGCAGAAACCACAAAACAAAAAUAAAACUUCAUUAGACCCCCCCCCCCCCCACCCCCGUUAGUGUAAACAGGGUCAGAGGUCAGUGGAUGGUGGUCUUGAUAGUGAGCCAUGCACAUAGACUCAUAACCACAACUGCAGACUCCUCAGGCUCUGCCUCCCGUCCGUCUGACCUGACCUAGUUCAUCUCCAGAGUUUGCUUCCGUUCUUACUCAAACUUUCUGCCUUUGAUCUGAAGCUUUUUUGCCUCUCCUGUCCGAGACGUCCUCGUCCUGUCUGGACGUCCUCACCCUGUCUCUCCUUGGGUCUCGUGUCGGCGUUGAGGAAAACUGCCAUUUUGUAGGUAAUAGAACAUUCCGGUUUAGAUUCUAUUAAUGUUGCAACUAGGAGAUUUCUCUCCCUCCCUUUAAGGCAUCGGUUCGGAUCCCGCGGACAAGAGCGGGCGGCGGGCGUGUUUCCUGUCUGUUUAAAGCACAACCAUCCAUCGCGGAACCUUUUCUUAGAGAAAAUGUUUAAAGCCUCACCCUCAUACCUCCCAUCGCUCUGAACAUCCCUUUUUGUUUGGUGGGAAUCGCCUUUGUCCUCUCCUCCAGAACUAUACACUAUGUUUGUGUUGGAGGGUGUUAUGCAUGUCACCAAGUAUGAACUCUAUGUAACUUGAAACCUGAGAUUACAUGUAAACUACUUUAUUACAUUAGCUCUAAAUUGAAUUGCUGUAGGAAUUUGACAUUUUUCUCUCAUGAAACAAAGACGAGUUUGCUCGGAGACACUUUAGAACACUUUCACAGGGUUUUCAGAGGACACGGUACAAAAGAAACACACAUUAAUAAAAGUUUUUUUUCUUGUUUAAAAGCCGUGUGGAAAAAAAUAUCAAGGAUAUGAAAGAGUUUCUGAAAUUAACUCCACUUUACGAUGGAUUUGGGCAGCCAUGUGUUAUUUUUUCUGUGUAAAUUGAAUGUUUAUAUUAAUGUGUGUGUGUGUGUGUGAGUGUAUGUUAUUGAAAUAUUGCACCUUUGUGCAAUAUUAAAAUAUUUCUAAUCCUUUAUUUAACAUUUUAUCAUUCCACCAUUUGAUUUUUCUAAUGGAUGCUGAAUAAGAGCACGGUCAGCCUACCUUUUAUGAAACAUGAGCUCAAAAUCAGGAAGGUUCUCUAACAAAACUGUAUAUAUUUUUAUUUAUUUUGAAAUUGAGGGUCUUUAUUAUUGUUAUAGCCAUUAAGGCUUUGGAGAGAAGGAUUCUGCUGACGGGGCAGGAAUUUAACAUAAAGUUGGACCUUGUUUUGAUUUGAACGUAACCAGAUACCAUGAUAAAUUCUCCGCCAUGAGGCAUUUAUCAUUAUCUACACUAGAAAACAGCUGCAGGUCCUGGAAGGUUGAAUGGAUAUGUUAACAAUUCAAUGGUAAAAACCUAAAACAAGUAUGUCAGAUUUAAUGCUUUUGUCCAAACUGCCAUUUUGUAGGAUAGCAGCCAUAUGUAGAUUUAAGACAUUUAAACAGCGGCACCACUACAACCGUGCACUUCUGAGGUCUUUGACACACAGAAAUGUGAUGAAAAGCUACCAGAGUGUUUAGCCAGAGCACAAAUUCUACCAAAUGACAAAUCCUACACACUGUAGUUUUUUUAAGGCUUACAAGGACCUGAACCAGGAAAACGACCAAUUUUUUCACCUUACAUCUUCAUCAUCUGAUUGUCUCUGAGUGUGCCAAGAUCUCAUUAAUUAUUGCCAAAUAUUUUGUAUGGCCUCAGUUUACACGUCACACCAUGAAUUCUGUUACAGAUAUGAAUAUAUGUAAAUAAAACAGAUAAACAUGUUGCAAAUACACUUUGGACCGCUGAUCCAUAAAAUACUGAAGUGAGUUUUUCAUGUUGAGCAAGACAACCUUGAAUUUCUCCCCGUCACUCAUCCAAAAGUCACCGUUUAAUAUUUCAGAAGGCAGAAAGCUCAGUUAGAAGCACAUGAGUAUACACACAAAUAUUACCUGCCCUAUUCACUGUAAAGUGUUCAGUUUUCUCCAUGAAAUAAAAAAUGCAACAAUGUGAAACUCCUAUUUUAGCAGAGAAAGCUAAUAAUGCUAACAUGUCUCAGUUCAGGCUGAAGUCGAAAGCGUCACACGUACAUAUCUUAUGUUACAGGUUAUUUUUUGUGAUGUGAUUAUCUUGUUGCCAGGGCAACGAUCAAUUUAAAGUGCAUAAAGUUAACAAAGCAAUAAGUGUUUUGGUAUUUGUCUCUUCUGAGAAUAGAAGCACACGGAAACUUAACGACGACACAUAAAGGAAACGGCUGUGUGUAACUCUCUACAACCACCCCGAGUCCGGAGGGUCCUGUCAGUAAAUCUGCAUCAUCAUUUAUUAAAUGUGAGAAGUGUCACUGUGCCGUGCUGUAGAACAUGUAGCUGACUGUAAGUAUAGAACUGUGGACUCAAAAUAAAAAAAUAGUAUAAAAAAGUGUAAAUGAACCAUGUUGUAUGUUGUCUUUGAUUUUGUGUAUUUUGUAUCUGAGAAUGAGAUAUACAGUAAGUAAACACAUUGAUGUGAAAUACCAGUUAUGAAUCAUAGUUAGACUAAAUGUUGCAACAUGAGUUUUGUUUAAAAGUGUGUGAGAUUAUCUCAUUGUUGACUCUUGACUGGGUUUUUCUUUGCUGUGACCCUUUAGAGUCACAACGAGUGACAAAAAACCACAAAUAAUAAAGAAAUGGAAAACAA